AUGUUGGCUGUGGGAGCUUUACAGACAGGCAACAAUGUCCAAUUGACCAAACUCCGUGAAAACAACGCAUCACGCCGAUUGAAUCUGCAACCCGGUUUUGGAAUCAGGAAGUAUCAUUACAGUAGUAGACCACAGAUAUUUGACGAUUCUGAAUCGGGUGUUUGGACGUUGAAUAGAGAGGGUGGACUACCUCCCAAUAGUGGCGGCAGCAUUCGACGUGUUGCUGCCCAACGCAGACCAGAACAAUAUGUGCGAGCCUUUACUCUGCGGAGUUUGGAUCACCCUUUCAUGCGUUGUUCGGAUCAAGUCGCGGCAAAAAAUCCUGGUAUUUCCACUGAUCUCUGGGUGAUGGAUUAA